UUCAUUUAUCUGUAGGUCAGAAAUUCACAAGUGACUAGAAUUUUGAAUUCUGAAGCAAAUCCACCAUUGAAAUUUCUCAGACCUCAUAGAUUUUGCUGGGAUUUCAUUGGUAUUGAACUCUGUUCAGCUUACUGCCAUUUUCUGCCUCUGCUGGCUCUACCUCAGGCGGGAGAUAGUCCAACACAUAUGCUCCCCUAAUUUUUCGCAUGCAGUUAAUACUAUGGUAUUCACCAUAGAAAUAAUCUAGAUCCAUCAUUCCCAUAAAAUAAGCUAGAGACUGUGUGCAAUUUAAGAUGGCCUUAACCUAGAUUUAGAGCAGUUAGGUCUCUCCCUCUAAUAAAACUCUGUAGUUAGUUCAGACAAAACUAGAUGACUGUGGAUGAAGUGGUUAGUAGCUCUGAAUGGAGCAGAGAGCAGGAUAAAGCAUUUGAAAAUGCUUUGGCAAUUCAUCCAGAGGAUGCUUCAGAUCGAUGGGAGAAGAUUGCGGCUGAUGUACCUGGGAAGACUGUAGAAGAAAUUAAACAGCAUUAUGAGCUCUUAGUUUAUGAUAUUAACCAGAUCGAAUCUGGUUGUGUACCUCUACCAUCUUAUAACUCUUCUUCAGAGGGCACAACAAGCCAGGCUAGUGAUGAAGGAAUUGGCAAGAAGGGGGCCCAUCUUGGGCAGCAUAACAGUGAGUCUAAUCAUGGAACUAAGGCUUCAAGAUCAGAUCAGGAACGACGGAAGGGUAUUGCUUGGACAGAGGAGGAACACAGGUUAUUCCUUCAGGGCUUGGAUAAGUAUGGAAAAGGUGACUGGCGAAGUAUAUCAAGGAACUUUGUGGUGUCAAGAACACCUACACAAGUAGCGAGUCAUGCUCAAAAAUACUUCAUUCGUUUGAACUCGAUGAAUAGAGAUAGAAGGCGAUCCAGCAUACAUGAUAUAACCAGUGUUAACAAUGGAGAGAUUUCAGCACCACAAGGACCAAUAACUGGUCAAACAAAUGGUUCUGCUGGAAAUUCUACCAGCAAAUCUCCCAAACAAGCCCCUCCAGUUUCAUCUGGGGUACCAGGUGUAGGAAUAUAUACUGCUCCUACCAUUGGACAACCUAUAGGAGGACCCCUAGUAUCUGCUGUUGGCACCCCAGUGAAUCUUCCUGUCCCUGCACACAUGGCAUAUGGUGUUCGAGCCCCAGUUCCGGGUUCAGUUGUACCUGGUGCACCAAUGAACAUGGGCCCUAUGACCUACCCUAUGCCACAUACAUAUGCUCCUCUCAGGUGAAAUGCUUUUUAGAAGCCUUAUGUACAAAAAAGAAACAGCAUACUAGAUGGCUUCUGCAAUUAGUGUUAUUCUUUACCUAGAGACAAUUUGCUUUUUGCUUAUAUGCAAGCAUGAGAUAUAUGCUUAAAAUCAGUCAUUUCAAAUAAGCCAUACCAGGAAGCAAUUGGAUGUAUCUGUAUAGGCUGCCUGGAAUAUAUGUUUGACAGUCUUGACAUAGGACAGCAUGAAAGUACGGUUGUUUUGUAGACAUUAAAAUUUUAGUCUUAAACCGUGCUGCAGAGGAAGGUUCUGUGGAUUUAAAAGUGUAAAUUAUUGGUGCUCUCUCUUGGUUUUUAUUGGGAAUAAACUGCUC